UUCCCCUCCACCCCCACUAACGUCGUCAGACAAACGCCGUUACUUUGCCCCCACCCAAUCCCAUCUCGACACUCUACCUCGCCGUUAGUUAAACCCUCUUCAAGCCGCCUUUUUUAUUACUGAUAUUGUCCCCCUUCAGACACUGUCUUCACCACACCGGCUGCACCCGGUUCCGAAGCCAGUGCGGUCACCGUCUAUUGCCGGUUUCGCAAAUGCUGGUUAAAGAGAAAGGAAAUUUGACCACGGUUGAAAAAAAAAUAAUUAAUUUGGGUUAUCUAUCCCAAACGAGGUCCCCUCCUUUCUUUCUUUCCACCACCUAUCUCUUUUUGCCUUUCUUCUCUUCUCCUUUCCCUCUCUCUCUUUCUGUCUGUCUCACAUCACUUACAUGAAACUAUUGCUCUUCUGAAUUCUCUCUCUCUCUCUCUCCAUCUCUUUUUUUUCCUCUCUGCGUUUUUUUUUCUUGGGUUGUAGUUUUGUUGAUUUUUAUCCGAGCUUCUUUGGUCUGGGAAAAGUUGUAAAAGGUGGGAAUCUUUGGGAGCUGUUUUUAAUAUAUUUUUGUGUGUGGUGAAUUUGCUGUGUGGGAUAACUUUUGGUGGUGAUUAAGAGCUAAAGUGUUGGGAAAGGUGAAAAAAUUCUCUGUGGGAUUUUGGAGAAUUUGGGUGGGUUGUUGAAGGGAGAUAUUUUUCUGGGUUUUAAGAGCUAAGGACUUUAGGCUAUUGGGUUGAUAUUUUUUUUGGUAUUUUGGGUAAAAUUUACUGGUGUGUUUCCGGGUUUUGUUGGUGUUUGGAGUACUUUUUUCCCCUCUUUUCGUUGGGGUUUAUGAGAUGAGAGAUCUGCGUUGAACGGAAAAGAAAAUUUCGGAAAUGUCUGCUUCAGAGGUGUCGAUCAAGGGAUACAGUGAAGCUAGUGAUGGUUCUAGAGGGCCGCCGGAUGUGGCCAAGGGUGGUUCCGGUACCGGAAAAGAUGCUGAAGCCGCUCUGUACAGGGAGCUUUGGCGGGCUUGUGCUGGGCCGUUAGUUACCGUACCUCGCGAGAAUGAGCUUGUCUACUAUUUUCCUCAAGGCCACAUAGAACAGGUUGAAGCAUCUACCAAUCAGGUGGCAGAGCAGGCUAUGCCCUUGUAUAAUCUACCUUGGAAGAUCCUUUGCCGCGUGAUAAAUGUCCAAUUGAAGGCUGAACCUGAUACUGAUGAGGUGUAUGCGCAAGUAACCUUAGUCCCUGAGCCUAAUCAAGAUGAGAAUACUGUCAGCAAAGAACCAGCCCCUCCUCCUCCACCGAGGUUUCAUGUGCAUUCUUUCUGUAAGACACUUACUGCUUCCGACACUAGUACUCAUGGUGGGUUUUCAGUGCUGAGACGUCAUGCUGAUGAAUGCCUUCCCCCACUGGACAUGUCUCGGCAGCCCCCAACCCAGGAAUUGGUAGCCAAAGACUUGCAUGGAAAUGAAUGGCGCUUUAGGCACAUCUUUCGCGGCCAACCACGGAGGCACCUACUUCAGAGUGGCUGGAGUGUUUUUGUCAGUUCAAAGAGGCUUGUUGCAGGGGAUGCUUUCAUAUUCCUGAGAGGUGAAAAUGGGGAGCUUCGUGUUGGAGUAAGGCGAGCUAUGAGGCAACAAGGCAAUGCUCCAUCAUCAGUCAUAUCCAGUCAUAGCAUGCACCUUGGUGUACUCGCUACUGCUUGGCAUGCCAUUCAAACCAAAACAAUGUUUACUGUUUAUUACAAGCCUAGGACAAGCCCUUCUGAGUUCAUUGUUCCUGUUGAUCAGUACAUGGAAUCGGUAAAAAACAGUUAUUCUAUUGGCAUGAGGUUCAAGAUGAGAUUUGAGGGUGAAGAGGCACCAGAACAAAGGUUUACUGGAACUAUUGUUGGUAUUGAGGAAGCUGAUCCAAAGAGGUGGCAAGAUUCAAAAUGGAGAUGUCUGAAGGUACGGUGGGAUGAAACAUCUACGAUUCCUCGGCCCGAUAGGGUUUCACCAUGGAAAAUUGAACCUGCUCUCUCUCCUCCAGCUCUCAAUCCUCUGCCAGUGCCUAGACCGAAAAGACCUCGACCAAAUGUUUUGCCAUCAUCACCUGACUCUUCUGUUCUUACUAGAGAAGUUUCAUCUAAGAUAUCUAUGGACCCUUCAACAGUUAGUGGGUUGUCAAGGGUCUUGCAAGGUCAAGAACCAUCGACCUUGAGAAGCACUGUUGGAGAGAGUAAUGAAUCGGAUUCUUCUGAAAAGCCUGUGGUAUGGCCAUCAUCUGUUGAAGAUGGCAAGAUCGACGUUUCUGCUUCAUGCAGAAGUGGAUCAGACAAGUGGUUGCCUCUAGGAAGGCCUGAAUCUUCUUUUACAGACUUGUUGUCAGGUUUUGGGUCUCAGAUUAAUCCCCCAAAUGAGUUCGGCCUGAACUCUGCUGAUCAAAAUGCCGUUUCUAGUAACCCAAGGAAACGCAUGUUGCCAGAGCAUGAUGGGAAGUAUGAUUUCUUUGGGAACCCGUGGUCUUUAAUGCCGUCGAAUUUAUCACUUAAUUUGGUGGACACGUGUGUGAAAUCAAAUGGCCAAAUCACUGAUAGGUCCUAUCAAACCCGAGGGGAUGUUAGAUAUGGUGGUUUUAACGAGUUUCCCAUCCUUUCCGGUAACAGAGUGGAUAAUCAACAAUCUUCUUGGUUAAUGCCCCCGCCCAUGCCUACAUAUCUCCAGUUUCACCCCAACCUCAGAGAAAUGGUUCACAAACCUGUGAUGUUGCCGCAGCAUGAGGUUGUAAAACCUAAAGAAGGGAAUUGCAAGCUUUUUGGAAUUCCUCUUAGAAACAACUCUACCUCAUCAGUGGAGCCUGCACUGUCAUCUCAGAAGAAUGGAGUGACUGACUCCCCAGGUCAGGGUCUGGUAGGGAUGAAUGGGCAUCAUUCCUCUGUUUUUGAACCUGAUCAGAGGUCUGAACAGAUGAAGGGUUUAAGAGUGGUUGAACAUGCUGCUGUUGAGCAAGAGAAACAAUGUCCAACAUACAAUCCAGUUGCUAGGGAUAGGGAUGCAAAGGUCCAUUCAGGUUCAAGUAGAAGCUGCACAAAGGUUUUCACCUGUUUAUUUGACUACAUUUCAUUUGUGAUUUCACCACACCCUGCAUUGCUUAAUGCAGAUUAAUGUGCUUUCAGGUUCAUAAACAGGGAAUUGCACUUGGAAGGUCUGUGGAUCUUACUAAGUUCAACAACUAUGACGAGCUGAUUGCUGAGCUUGAUCAGUUAUUUGAUUUCAAUGGCGAGUUGAAGUCUAGGAGUAAGAAUUGGCUGGUUGUGUAUACUGAUGAUGAGGGUGAUAUGAUGCUUGUUGGGGAUGAUCCAUGGCUGUACGAUCUUGUUUUCUGUCUAUCACUUUAACUUUUUCCAAUAUUUGUAGUUUAGUCAUGCAAUUUUAUGGACUUGUUUAGCCCCGAGCAUUUAUAUUGUUUUUCAUUUCUUUCUUUGUGAUUAGGGAAUUCUGUGGCAUGGUUCGCAAGAUCUUCAUUUAUACCAGAGAGGAAGUACAAAAGAUGAAUCCCGGUACCCUGAACAACAAAGGCGAGGACCAUUCAUUAGUUGCAGCAGAAGCCUUGGAUGCUAAAGAAGUAAAGAAUCUGCUGCAUCCUGCACCAUCAAGUCCUGAUGAUUCUUGAUCCUUCGGGAAGGUACUUCCUUACAUGGCACUCCUAGAAAUUUGGCGGUGAAUGGGAUAUGUUGAUAGCAUUUGCUCUCUCUAAUAGUUUAUGACAAAAGAAUAAAUCUGAGAAGAAAAUCUAUUCACAAGUAUAAUUUGAUUAUUUCAUUACUUUGGGGAAGCUUUGGUAAAUCUAGGAUGAAAGGUUUGGAAGAAGAACAGUGAAUGUAAACGGUCCUCCUCAGUAUUGUAGGUUUCUCUUGGUUUGCUAAUUUGUGUUUAUGGAACCCCCAGGAUCUGCGGAGAAGCCCCAUCACCCAAGGUUGGAGUUCUGGUGACGUUUCAGAUGAAAGGAGAUGCAUAUAAUAGUCGUUCAUUUCCUAAUGGCAGGGAGUCUUGAUGUAGAUGCAGCAGUUUUAUUAGCAAAUUUUGCACCCUUCUUUGAAGUCAAUAUAUAUGACUUCCCUUCUUUAUACAUAGUAUACAUACCGAUAUUAUCUUAAUUUAGCCCCACAUGGUCAUGCAUUAGACCAUGCCACCUUUGUAAAUAGCCCAAUUUACCGACUUCCCAGCUUAGGAUAGUACAAGUCAUUAUAUAUUUCCUGGAACUUGCCGUCGCUGUAUCUAUAUUUUGCUUGUAUUAACCUCCAAAUUCAAUGAUCAGAGUUUGUUUUAUACUCUUAUGACCCUUUGGUUAGGGAAGAGAAACAUGCGCUUAAUUGAGCUAUUGGUAGUAUUGCAAAUGCGGGCAUUCAACUGUACUUGUUGACAUUGUGUUUUUAGAUCUGGUUGAAUUAUAUAACAGACAAGCUGGUCGUAUCACCAUUUUGAAGCGAAUAAAGCCUCCCCUGUUGUGAAGUACAAAUG